GAUUUUGUAUCGGAGUAAAAAGGGUAAAAGGGACAAAAGGGAAAUCCCAGCAGCAAAGCACCUUUACACAGAUUAGAUCUGGAAUCGAGCCCAGCGAUUGCAAUUACAAACGUGCACAGAAAUUUUGUUGUCAGAAUAAAGGUGGAGCUUAUCAACGUCGAUCAAGCCCUCAACUGAUCUCUUACGGAAAGAUGUGGUUUAUUCGCUCGGCUUUGGGAGAUGACAGCUCGGAAUCAUUGUGAUGUCUGAACAGAAGCUGUAUGGCCAACCCUGCGCCGACGGCGACCGGCACCUGGCGUGCGGUGAUCCAACCAGAGCCACCGCCUGUUACACUGCAGCUUUCCUUCGGGACGCCGAGUCGACAGCCCACCACGUACACUCUCUGGGGGAAUCCGGCCUGGCCAGCAUCGUUGCCGUGUUGGAGGGCUGGUGCGCCGGCCACACAUGGGUGCCGCUCCAGACCGGCACCGAGCCGGCCGGUGAGGCGCCCGUGAACACUGAGAUAGUCACCGACUUCCUCUUGUUAUUGAACCCCAGCAACCUGAUAGCCUCGGUGCUGAGAAUGGAAACUCUGCUAAGGAACGGGCAGCACGACGAGGCGGUGAGCCGCUGCAACGCCCUGCUCAAUGCGCAUCCGAACCACUCACUGGGCUUGCUGCUAACUCGGGCCCUGGCCUGGGUCCUAUCCGACGAGCACUCGAGCAACGGCGUCGUGGACUACCUCCAGGCCUUCGCCAAGCGCCGGGAAGAAACCGUAGCGUUCGUGACCACCGAGCAGAAGGCUGACGUGCCGCGCGUCGUCCACGCCUUCAAACACUACCUGUCCCAACGAGAAAAGGUCGCGCACAACGACCGGUUGCUUGGCGACUGCCGCCGUUUUCUGGCGGCCGUGACAGCUGCUGACGGCGCCGCGCGGCCCCGUGACGGCGGUGUCCCUCGCGCGAACGCCACGCGCCAGAUGGAGAAACGGCGGAUGGAAGACGUCGCGGGGAGCGGCGCGCCGGUAGGGUUUGGCCUCGAUGGAUCGAGCCCCCGGUACCGAACCUCCGGCCUCAUCAGCCGGGCCGCCGCCCACUUCGUCAUGGGCAAUUGUCUGAGGCGGGUUAUUCGUGACCUGUCCUCGGCCUUCGAGAACGAUCCGGUACUCGCCAGGAAACACUUCGAGCGGCUCUUCUCUCCCGCCGCCGCCGCCUCCCUCCUCGAGCAGUGCAAGUGCAUUAUCGAUGCCCAACUCGCCGACUACCGGGAGACGGUGUGCCGCCGGCCCGACCUCCGAUCGGACGCCGGCGCCGACCUCCUCGUGCCCGUCCUCGAAGCCCUGCAGCUGCAAAUCAACGUCGAUGCCCAGGCUAACCGGGACACACGGAUCCGGCUGGCCGACUGCAGGCUUCUGACCGGGGACGUGCGCGGCUCGCUCGAACUCUGCCGGAGCCUGGCUUCGUCCGAUGGGGCCGCCUACUCCAACUCCAUCAUGGCCCUCCGCGCCAUCUGCCACCUGCACGCCGGCGAUCACCGGCAAGCACUCGCUGACUUCCAGGCCAUCGUGGAGCAGGAGUUGCCGCAUCCGGAUAGCUGCGUUCGGGCCAUGUGUGGCCGCGGCUUGCUGAGGUUGCUGGACGGUCAGCCCUAUCUAGCGGCUUUGGACUACAUCACUGCUAGCAGACUGCGGCUGGAAGAAACCGCCUUCUUCGUUAAGGCUUACGUGCCGUGGAACCAGCGGGGCCUCUUGUAUAAGGUGCUUCAGGAGGAAGGGGAGAAAAUGGUGCGGAAAAAGCCGUGCUGCCCACUGUCUGGUGCUGGACCCCGUAAGAAAACAGCAGAGUCCGGAGACCAAGGCUCUUCCAACAAAGAAAAAGAUGCACUGGGUGUUCAUUACUUGGCCUUGCUGCUGUUAGAACUGGACCCAACAGAUGAGCUUUCCCAAAUUUUAUACGCAGAUGCUCUUUAUCAACUAGGCCGAACAGAAGAGGCUCAUAAAACGUUGCUGGUAUCACUUGGCAAGAAUUCUUGGUGUACUUCAGUCUUGGCUCGGCUAACUCUCUUUCAGUUGAAAAAAGGCUUUAUAUAUGAAUCUAACCAGCUAAUAAAGAAAAUUAUUGAGAUUGGAGAUACUUCCUGUCUUCUGCCCAUAAUGGACAUCUUUAAAGCAGAAGAUCGAGACCUACUGCAGCAGCAUUGUUAUUCCAUUGCCAUGUCAAUCCUACAAAGUAAAGAAGGUGACACAUAUGUAAAGGAAGCAGUGGCCUAUCUGUCCUUGGCUAUCAUAAUAUCAGGGGGUGUUGAUGAAGCCUCAUUACUCACUAGAGCUCGGUGUUAUGCACAUCUUAAUCAGAAGAAAACAGCAAUAUUUGACUUUGCUACCAUUUUAAAGGCAAACCCAGCUCAUGUGCGUGCACGAUGUGGACGUGCUUUCAUAUAUGUAGUCCUGAAUAAGCAAAAGGAAGCCGUAGAAGACAUUGCAGCAGCCCUACAGGCAAAUCAAGAGUUGGCAUUGCAAGAAAUUUCAUCUCUGAAGCAUGAAGCUCAAAAUCUGAUUUGUAGCUGGCUGUAUGAUCAUUGUGUUAAUGCCUUAACUGGAAUAGUAGAUGCCAAAGAAAAGAUCUUCACUGAAGAACAUGUUAAUCUUCCUACAAUUGGUCAAUCACUGCUGUUGAUCAAUGGGAAAAAUUCAACCUGGCACAUCAUGUACAUUGAUAUAUUGAUUGCAAAAGAAAUGUAUGAAGAUGCCUCAAAACAUCUGCAGGAGAAUUUUGGGCAACCUCCUAAUGACAUUGCUGCCAUGUCCAGGUAUGCGCUCAUUCAGAUGAAGAUGAAGAAUGCACACCAUGCUGUUGAAAAUUUGAGCAUCCUUGCUGAAAAGCGUAACAAAGAUUUGGAAUUUUUGAUAAAAUUUCUGGAUAAUAAACAGCUUCAGACUGUGGUUCAGAUAGCUUCACAGGAGGCCAUUGCCUUGGCUAAAGGGAACCAGGAGGAGAAAGCACUGAAAUACUACACGCUCGCUGUUCUUGCAAGUAAAAAUAAAGCUAAGUAUAUUCGUCUUCGUGCAAUAUAUCUGACCAAACUGAAGCAGUAUGAGAGGGCACUAGAGGACCUACAAGAGGUCAUCAAACGAAGCAUUAACAAAAACUCUGCAGACCUGGUUGAAGAUUAUUGCUUUAUGGGACAUAUCCAGCUUCUUGCACUGAAAAAUGACGAGGCUUGUAAAAACUACAUAAAGGCCUUACAGUUGGACAAGUCUUUGGCAUUAACUAGUAUCUCCAGUAAGCCAGGACAGGCUAGUUUGUCUCAACACUUCCAGCAAAGCGCUCUCCGCUACUUUGAACAACAGCUUUAUGAAGAAGCUUGGAAUUUAGCAGAAUAUGGACUAAUAAUUGAUGAAAGUAGCACUGAAUUAAAGAAACUGAGAACUAGGAUUAAGCGUGAGGCAUCGAGGUGUAUAGUUCAUUAGUUUUGUAUACUUAAGAAAAUAAUGUGGACUUAGUGCCUUUAUGGUGGCAGGCUUGCACCACCAUGAUAGAGGCAGAGGCCAACACGUGAUUUACAAAAAUAUUUCAGGCAUAGAGUGCAGAUUGAACUGGAACUUGACGGUAUUAAGAAUCAGUCCUAUGAACAUGAUCUAAGAAAACAAGAAUAUUUAAAAGGACUGCACCUUUCUGUAAAGUGCCAGCUCAGAAUGUUCUUUCAGCAAACUCACUAAAUGAAAUUUUCCUUCGAACUGCUUCAGAUAGUAUGUCUAAAUAUUGGUUGGUGCUGUACCUUUGGUGAGAUUAUGAGAAUAGAAUGUCAAGGAAAUUACCCAUGUUUUGAGGCAUUUCAAUUCUUAAGAUAUUUUAAUCUUGGUUCAUAGGAAAUGGGGUGUGAGUUGAAGUCAAUAUUUAUAGAAAUGUAUAUCCAAAUAAUUAAUGGACAAGAGAAAUCUGUUUCUGCACCCGCCCCCCCCCCCCCCGCCAAGCAGGCUGGUUUCUCUUCUGGCUCGCUCUUUAGGGAUGCCAUCCAAGGUCUAUUGCCUUGUCAGAUUUUUGAUACCAUUGUUUGUAAAAAUAUUACUUAAGGCUUUUUUAAUUUGAUAAUUUUAUUUGUUCUAUGUUAAAAUGCUUGAUGUAAUGAAAAGAGGGGUGUAAUGGCACUCAAGCAUGUUCAUGAAAAAAUAGAGACAGGAGAAUAAUUGAUGAGCAACAAUGGUGUUUGGAAAUGGACCCUUCAUUAAAAUUAUUCCUUCUGGCAUGCGUUCACAGGCUUCUUUUUGACAUUGUUUGACAGUCCUCUUUUAUCAGUUCUUUUGGAAUUCUUUGUAAGGAAGAAGGCUGCUUGUAAGGAAGGAGACAAAUCCCAAUGUUGUAUAUAGUAUAUAUACUUUGAUA